UGAUUUUUUGGUUAUAAUUCGUACGAAACGCAUAAUAAUAUUGCGAUUUAAAUAAGUUAAUUAACUAUUUACGUUUCAAAAAAUAGUAGGCCUGUCUAAGAUUCGAAAUGAAGAGAAAAUUGAAAAGUAAAACGGAUGUUAAUAAUACAGGUAUUGAAGACAAUGAAGUGGGGAAAAGUAAAAAAAAGUUCACAAUGAAGUUAAAAGAAGAUAUACCAUCUGAAGAUUCAGAUAAUAACGCUUCUGAUAAUAAUGCUUCUGAUAUUUCAGAUUCUGAAGAAGAUAUCAAUCCAGAAAGCCAUAAGAAGUCUUUAGAAAAUUUAAAGAAAACAGAUCCAGACUUUUAUAAUUUCUUAGAAGAAAAUGAUGAAAACCUUCUAAACUUUGAGGAUGAUUCUGAUGAUGCUGCCUCUGAAAAAGAUGAAAAUGGAGAUUCUGUUCACAUCCCAGGGCCCCUUGAAGGAGAUAGUGACGAAAGUGACUAUGAGGACGAUAGCAGAGCACACAGCAAAAUAACUCUAAAAAUGGUUUCACAAUGGCAAGAGGAAUUGCAAAGUGAAAACAAAAUCAAACUGUCAACACUGAAUGCUGUUAUUAAAGCCUUUAAUGCAGCCAUGUUGAGGGCCACCAGCGAUGAUGGACAAUCUUCUGGUGGGGAAUAUAAAGUGGAAGGCUCUUCGGUUUUUAAUGCUGUAAUACAAAUGUGUGUUCUGUAUUUACCUCCUGCAAUAAAGAAAUAUUUGGGAAUGGAAUCGAGUGGCAAGGACCCUCAAAAGUGUAAACAUUUUGUUAAGAUAAAGGGGUCUCUUAUUGCUUAUCUCAAAGACCUUCUCAAACUCCUAACUGGAGUCUCAUCAGAUAAUAUUUUGACAGUGCUUCUCAAGCAUUUGCAUCAAAUGUCAGUAUAUGUAGCAUGCUUCAACAGAACUUCCAAACAAGCUCUGAAAAGAUUAAUCACCCUAUGGAGUAACGGAGAGGAGACAGUCAGAGUCCUGGCAUUUUUAUGUAUCCUAAGAAUAACAAGGAAUCAACAGUCGGCCCUGUUGGAUAUCGUAUUGAAAGCCAUGUAUCUAACAUAUGUUAAAAACUGUAAAUUUGUGAGUCCAACCACGUGGCCCGGAAUAAACUUUAUGAGGAGAUCGCUCGUAGAAAUGUUUUCGUUGGAUUUGAAUUCCUCGUACCAGCACGUGUUCUUGUAUAUACGACAGUUAGCUAUACAUUUGAGGAACGCAAUAGUCGUGCAGAAGAUAGAGAACAGACAAGCUGUGUAUAACUGGCAGUACGUGAACUCGUUACACUUGUGGGCGGACUUGAUAUCGGCGACGUCCAACAAGCCGCAGCUCCAGCCGCUGCUCUACCCGCUGGUUAUGGUCAUAACGAACACGAUCAAACUGGUGCCGACACACCAAUACUAUCCACUUAGAUUCCAUUGUGUCGAAAUUCUUAUCAACCUAUCAAAGGAAACGAACACAUUUAUACCAAUUCUGCCGUAUAUUGUAGAGGUUUUGACAUCCUAUGACUUUAACAAGAAGCACAAGAAAGUUUCUAUGAAGCCGUUAGAUUUUUCGUGCAUUCUACGAUUGGCCAAGUCCCAGUUAACUGAGAAUGGGUUCAAGGAUUCAGUGAUCGAUAGAAUAUACGGCUUGCUUCUGGAAUACACGGCAAAUGAGUCUCAUACCAUUGCAUUCCCUGACACCACUUUAUUGGCAGUUGUACAGAUCAAACAGUUCCUGAAGUCAUGCUCGGUAGCAAAUUAUACGAAAAGACUAAAGCAAUUGCUUGAGAAGAUAGAAGAGAACGCAAGGUUUAUUGAAAAGGAGAGGGCGAAGAUUUCCUUCAAGUUGAGCGAGGACAAAAUGAUCGCCGCUUGGGAAGCGAAUAUGAAAGCGAAAGGUACGCCGCUGCUUAAAUUCUACGAAAGCUGGAGUAAAGUGAACAAAAUUCAGAAACGUAAGAAGGCGAGCAAGAAUGAGCAGCUGGCAACCGAACUUCCCAUGAUAAAGAGACCCAAAAUACAAGAAAUUGAAGAAAAAGUAACAAAACCCGAAAGCAACGGUCCACCGGUUCUGUUCCCGUCCGACAGCGAGGAUGAAAAGGAUCACUUCAAAUUUGACGAAGACGAUGAGCCGGAAGAGAAAGAAGAGAAACCUAAAGUGAAGAAAUUGAAGAAGAAGGCAAACAAGAAGAAUGCAAACAAGAAGAACAACACAGACGCUGACAAUAUUCCCGACAAAGAUGAUGUCGUCCAAGACUUUAGCGUCGCAGAUUGGUAAUAUUUUUAGAACAAUAAACUCUAAAUAAUAAUCUCAA